AUGGGUAUCUUCUCUGCCCAAUUUGCUUAUGCAGUAGCAUUGAUAGUAGCAGCUUCGUUGUGUCUGAUUGAAGCCAAUCAAACUGCAAUCGGAAUUGAAAUUGGAAGCAGAGGGCAGAGAGAGUUCGAUUACUUCAACUUGGCCCUGCAAUGGCCUGGCACUUUCUGCCAACGCACCCGCUAUUGUUGUUCAUCCAAUGCUUGCUGCCGAGGGUUGGUUUUCCUGUUCAUGCGCAAAUUCUCCAACCGUGUUUACAAUCCGUAA